AUGGCGUCGAUCUCUCUUCCCCUGCCGCCUCAACACUCGUCAGCGUUUUCUCAACACUUCGAACCGCUUGGCCAACCUCCCAGCGGACGUAGCCGCCGCCAUCCAGCCAUGUCUGCGCCGCUUCCGAAUCCUCCAUUUGUCUUCCCCGCCCGAGACCCAGACGCAAUGCCUCAGACGGCGGAUCCCCCGUCGAAUGCCCGCCAUUCACUUCCCGCCUUCUCCUUUAAUCCGGGUGCGCUACAACCCACACAACCCGCCGUCCCGACGCCUCCAGCGAACCGACCGGUCGGACAUCGCCGGCGAUGCAGUGAGUUUGUCGGCGGUGAACACAUGGUCGGUCCUGCUCCGGUGGAAACCGGUCAGAAAACCGAGGAGGACUCAACUCCCGUUCCUGGCCCGGCCCAACUCCCGGCCCCGGGACCGGGUUUCAGUGCGGUCGGCCCCGGAAGGCGUCGCCAUGCCCAUCGUCGCUCUGCGGCCGUGUCGAGCGUCGAUCUGACCGCCAUCUCGAAUGCCUUCGGUCCGGAAAGCUUGAUCGGAAGCGCGCCAUGCACGCCAGCAGACGGAAUGCGGGAUCUCGGCACGUCAGAUACUCCCCACAAGCCCAUAUCCUACUCGGCAAACGCUUUGGGUCGACCGACCCCGCCCGCCUCCCCCCAAAUCACCAUCAAUGGACAGCCUCCAAACCCUUCUGAGUCGGAGACUCGCUUGGAUCUUCCCGCAGUCGAGCGGCCUCUCUCCGAAGUCUCGAGGGACUCCGAAAGCACAAUCCAACCCCCCAGUGUCGUUAGAAAUAAUGACCCCCCGGCCCCGUUGACAAACGAAACAUCGCGUCGUGCCAGCCAGAAACCCAGGCCUCGACCAAGGACUGCUGAUGCGUCUCUGAUGCUGGACUCGGGCGGUGGUACGGGAAGUGACGGUCUUUCGCGAUCAAAGCGGCCACUUUCAGCGGCCGGACAUUCGCGGUUCCGCAAAAGCAUGUCCGCAGGGAUCCUUGAUGCGGCACUGAGAAAGAAUGCCGGAAUGGGUGGUGACAGUCACUGGCCGGAUAACUCGAGGAUAUCUUCGUCCGAUGACGAGAGCUCUCUGGCAUCCGUCGAGGAUCAUGGAACGUCAAAGCACAGCUCCAAGGCCAAAAAGCGGCAGAAAAAGGUUCGCUCGUGGGCUGGAGCAAUUCUGACACGAGGCAAGGGCAAGCGAAAUCAUUCGAAACAGGACACGGGGCCCAAGUCGGCUCCUCCGCCUGUACUCACCCGGACCAAUUCAGACCUAGGCUCAGGCUUGGAUGUGGAUUUUGACGAUGAUAGCGUUGUCGUCAUUCGGACUCCCACCAACCCCACCGCCCCGAUGUCCCUUGUCAACACUGACGAGGUCGAUGCGCAGCCGUCGCUGGAGAGCUCCUGGAAGCCAAGGAGCUUUUACGAGCAAGGCACGCAGAACGAUGCUUUGAGCCCCAUUAUCGACCUGGAUGCUGCGUUGGGUCCCUUCAAUACACCCGACAUGCGGUCCGGCCGUGCUCCUGAGACUGGGUUUUCGGCAGCAACAAAGCGGAUGUACAGCGGUGGCCGACGAGGCGAGUUUGUUGGCCCGGAGAUGCGCUAUCAUCGACGCGCCGAAAGUGCCCCGGAAAUGCCUCCUGUCGACCGCAGCUUUUUGAACAACCGAUUGGCGAACAAUUCAGCGAUGGAAAACCCCGACGUUUUCUACGAGGAGGAAGAGGAUGCCUUUUUGGCGGCGACAAGCGAAAGUGAUGAGCGAGCAUCGUCACAAGCCGUCGCAGGCGAUGCCGAUAAGCAGUCGCUGGAAAGCAAAGAAAGCUCCGACACUCUCACCCAUCAACCGGGGGAUGGCUCAACCGAUCCGCAACAGGCUGGCCUUGGGAUCCAAAAGCACGAACUGGCCGGCGCCCCGGAUUCCCCGGUCACAUCCACCCCCAAGGAAGACGCCAAACCCGCAGAGCAGCCGACUGCCGCCGAUCCCCUCCGGAACGCAAGAAACCCCUUCUCAGCCCAACCGAGAAGUCCGGUGGACUUGAUCAAGCAAGAAGACUGGCUCCGCAAAGUGCCGGUGCCUCCUAGUCCAGACAUUUCACCCCGUUUCCUACCCGCAGACCAUCGCCCUGCGACCUCGCCGAUGGAGUUCACUCCCAACAUCCCCCCGCUGUCCCUGCAGGGCGUCAGCUCCGCUUCGAACUCCUCAUUCCCGUCUCCGGAUUUCCCCGGCUCGUCCCCCGAUUUUCCUCGUUCGAUCACCACUUCGUCCACCACCGAUCGCAACUUCUCGAACCCCUCCUACAAUCCGUCAAUGGAGUUUCCCCACGCAUCUGCCGACGACGUACCAUCACUGACCAGCAGUGCGUCCACGACAACGAAUACGUUGAAUCGAUUUUCGGCGACAUUCUUCCAACGGCCUCGGUUGUCAACCGACCGCUCGGCGUCUUUCUCUGCCGCAGUCCACCGACGAACCAGUCAGGCCAACGCUCCCAAGCGGUCUAGCCUCGCUAGUCUGUCAAAGUUGGUCGCAGGGCCUCACUCUGAGCGAAGCAAGCUGAGUCACGAGGAAAAGCCCCCCAGUGACGAGCCUGAAAAGUCCAAGAAGAAGGGUCGCCGGAUUAGUCGCUUGAUGCACUUCUGGAGAACGAAGGACAAGGACCGGUUGAACGAAAAUUCUUUUCAGGAAGAACGACCAUCAUGA